AUGUCAACCAUCGAGCAGAAGAUCCUGAAUGGCGAGUUCCGGAACAUGGGUGACGAAGAUGUGUCUGAGCGGGUGCGGGCCAUCGCUAAUGAAGACUCCACUCCCAGCGAUACCGAAGACACCUCCCCAGAUCUACCGCAACAGCAGCUCGCUACGCACAACGGCCCACAGACAGGCGUCAAGGGAAUAAUCGCCGACUACUGGCACCAGCGUCAGACCGAGAACGCGCGCCGUGCUGCCGAUACAGCCGCUGCACAGUCCGAAUUCUCGGCUCUUAUAUCGCAGCGCAGCAUCCAGGCAUCGACAAAGACUAUUUGGACCAAGGACGACGAGUCAGAUACCGAUAGCAUUGACGCGCUGCUAGCUGAUGAUGACGAUGCGCAGUUUUUCGAUGACUACAAGCAGAAACGGAUGGAUGAGAUCACGCAAAAGGCAGCAAAGGCUGGGCUCGGAUAUUUGCGCGAUGCGACGCCCGACGAGUAUGUGGAGACUGUCGAGAGGCACAAAGAUGUGGUUGUGGUGCUUGGCAACGAGAAUGUCGAGGUAUCGGCGCGAUUCGAGCGCUUUAUCCGCGGAGAGUGCGGGAAAUACCCGCACGUCGUGUUUCUGAAUGUGCAGGCUGGCCUGUGCGGGUUCGAGGAUCCAGAGGUGCUGCCGAUUGUGCUGGUGUACCGGAACGGCGAUUUGAAACACAACCUCGUGCAUGUCGUCGACCAACUCAAGGGCGGCGCGGGGUUUGAGCCAGAAGAUGUCAGGCGGCUGCUGGAACGCGUGCUGGAGAAGUGA